AUGUUGGACUACUUCAGUUCGUUACAAAUUACGCGUAACAAAUUUUUCUGUACGCGCACAAUGAUUGCAUCAGUAAAUUGUGAUAACUUAGGUUCAAACAACAGUAAAGGAACCAGAAGCCAUUCGGCUCAAGGUCUGGCGAGUUCCGUGUCUAGUUCAGCAAUGAAGAUACCGUUACCUCCUCGUCCAUGGAUCACAGAUGCAGAAGAUGAUUCAUCAGAUGACAUGGACAGUAGUAGUAUUAUAAAAGACGAGGGCCUGAUUGCUAUGGAAAGAACGAGAAUGAGGUCAAGAUAUCGACACCAUAAACAAAGACAAGUUAAUGUACCUAUUGGAAUAUUUUGGGAUAUUGAAAAUUGCCAGAUACCAAGAGGUUGUUCUGCCAUAGAACUGGUGGCUGCGAUACGAGCAAAGUUUGUAAGGGAUGGAAGAAGAGAAGCUGACUUUGUAGUUGUUUGUGAUGUUCGGAAGGAAACAACCACAAGACUCUUAGAACUUAAUGAUGCUCAAGUGAGCUUAAUACAUGUCUGUAGAACUCAGAAAAAUGCGUCGGAUGAUAAACUUCGCCAGUGUAUGAGGAGGUUUGGAGAUCUCCACUCAUCACCGGCUGCUAUAUUAUUGAUAUCUGGCGAUAUUGACUUUGCUGCAGAUUUAACUGACUUCAGAUAUAGGAAAAACAUGGAAGUGAUAUUGGUGCACAAAAAGAACACUUCGGCGGCUUUAAUUGCAUGUGCCUCGUCUCAUUAUUGCUUUGAGGAGAUCGCCUCUACUCUGCCCAGAAAGGUAUCAAAGAGUGAGGACGACACUCCAACUUGUGAAGUGGAAGUGUUAAACUUGCCCAUCCACCAGCCACCUGAGCUGGUGUCUAUAAGACUCCGCCAUCUUGCCAAAAAGUCUGGUGGCAGGGUUGUCUCUGUCACCGCUCCUACUGCAAUACUUAAGUUUUCUACGCCGGACCAUGCAUCGAGAGCUCUGAUGCGUAUGGACGGGGAGGAUGUUUACGGACGUAAGAUAAGUACGCGGUACGCUCGUAGCGCUGUGCCGCCGACGUACUCCAGUGAUGAAGGGUACAGCACUGCGCCUGCGUCAUACCAGCCACCCGCCUUUGUACCACCGCCUGCCAAGAUAUGCUCAUCGCCUCAAGAGAUGGGCUCGUUCAAUACUCCUUGUAUCUCGAAGGAGUGGGCUAUGGCUCUGAAACAACUGCCGGCGCCUACACCACCACCUCAUGAUUUCUGUCCCCCACCAGCGCCCAAACCUAGGAAGAUUAGGGGCACGCAUGGUUCGGUGAACUUGGACCAAUCGGGCUGUUCGUCAAGUAAUAGUGGGGAGGGUCGCAAUGGAGAUAUUAGUGCUAGCAGGGCGGUGUCUCCAUGGAACUCUUCAGCUAGUUUCAGUGAACAUAGCGAGUCUGAAGAGUCCACUGCUGAACUAACCGUUUCUAACUUACCGCCUUAUGAUGCUGCUAUUUUGCAGGAGAUGCUGACUCAGCUAUUCAACUUAUACGUACAAACCGUCCGAGUAACUGUUUGGGCGGCUGGGGAGGGUCCUCUAGCGACUGUAGUGCUUCGUUCAGAAUGGGACGCAAGGCUUGCAAUCGCUCGCAUUCACAAACGCCGUCUAGACAACCAAUGGACGGGGCGACGCCUAGAGCUGUCUCUAGGCAAGCCCUCCCCGGCUCCCAAUCUAGACGUCCUAAGAGCUAGACUAAGAGCCAUUUUACUCGAUCAAAAGAAUCAUACACUACCUCUUUUGAGACUGAGGGAUGCUUAUGCCAGUCGUCAUUGCUGUGCUUUGACGACUUCAGAUAUAGCUAAGCUUAAAGACACAGUAAUCAUACAUGAAGGGUUUGGUAGAAUGGUUCAGUUGGUGGAUCUAACACCGGUGUCUAGUUCUGAGAUGGAGGAGGCGCCCUGGAAGUGCCAUAUACACGCGUCCAUGAGCAACGGACAAGAAGACGGCAGCCGUAUUCUACAACCCGUCUAUAUGGAGAUCUCGACUUUGGCUAAGAAUGUACAUAUUUUGUUGGAGAAUCAUGGAGGAAUUUUACCGUUGUUAAGUUUUGUGGAGUGCUACGAGUCUCGCUUUGACGCGUUGGUCUGCGACCCGCGUCACGGCGUGGCUCUGGAACUACUCCUGCGCAGCGUGGAGGGACUGGACGUACGUGACGCGCCCUCUCGACACCUCACGUGGAAGGCCAGGCCUCUCGCACUCACUCCGCCUCUGCCUCAGGCUGCUAAUAGCGAGAGCUCCCGUUCGAGUGGAGAACGCGAGCGGCCACGCACUGCACCUGCGCUAGAACCGAUGCUAGCGUUGUUUGAAAGAGAACUCAUUGACUUGCUGCGUACGGCGCCUAGGUGCUCCAUACCAUUCAGCAAACUUAUACCAGCUUUCCACCACCAUUUCGGUCGCCAAUGCCGUGUAGCCGACUACGGCUUCACUAAAUUACCCGACCUACUUGCUGCACUCGGUAAUGCUAUCGUGGUUCUGGGCUCAGGCUCAUCUCGUAUUAUAACAAUAUCGGCGGCGGCUCAAAGCCGUCGUUGGACAUCAGAUCUCGUGAAGGUAUUGAAGGGGCAACCGGGGCGAGCAGUGCAGUUGCACGAGCUGCCACACUUGUACCACGCAGUGACAGGCCGGCCAUUCUCCCCCGUGGACUAUGGAGUCUGCACUGUCGCGGAGUUGAUGCAGCGCGUCAACCCUCAGGCAGUCACCGUCGCACCAGACGGCACCAUCUCCCUGCCACGGCGUCUGCCCACUCCAGAAGAAAGGGCCCGUACACGAGAGUUUGCCAUGCAGGCGGUGGAACUGUUGCGGCACACGGCCAACUUGCGCAUGGAGUUCUCGCGCUUCGUGCCCGCCUACCACGCGCACUUCGGGAGACAACUACGGGUGGCGCACUACGGCUGCGUCAAGUUGUUGGAACUGUUCGAGCUCAUCCCCGAGGCAGUGGCCGUGUGCGGCGCCGGCGCGGCCGAGCGCAGCGUGCGCCUGCGCGGCGGCGUGGCGCGCGCGCUGCUGGCGCGGCGCCUGCGCGCCCUGCCCGCGCUCGCACUGCGCGACCUGCCGCUGCACUACGCGCACCACUACGGCGCGCCGCCGCAGCCUGACAUGUUGGAAGCUGAUACACUGGAAGGUUUGGUGUACGCUGCGGGCGGCUGUAUCGAGAACAAUAUAGUAGUGGCCCCUGGAGGGUCCCCUACCUGGGCGGGAUGCCUAUUGACUGCGUGCGCGGUGUUGUGUGGGGACCGUAGUGUGGCGCGGGGCUCCACGCUGGAGUACUUUACGGCGGCCUACCGCCGCCUGCGGGGGGCGGAGCCCGAGCUGCGGCGCCUCAUGGCGGCCGGCGUCAUCGUGCUGAGCGAGCAGCGCCUCAACGUGUCGCCCGAGUGGCGCGUCGUCUGGCGCCUCGCACAGCUACUGACGGACCGCGCUACGCCCGCCUCACCCGAAGAAAUAUUCAUCGAGUUUGCACGUCGUUAUGAACCUGUCUUCCCUGGAGUUGAUCCUAGUGCAGAGGGUGUGGCAGAUUUCCUUCGUCAUUACAUGGAGAUUUACGGAAAACGAGUCUGGGCGCUGGACCUUAAGCCCCGGUAUCGUAGUACCGCGAUGUCGGGAACUCAUACCAGGCCCUACGCACGAGGAUUACUCCGUUCAUGAUACACCACCGGGACAGAAGGGCUCCCGUGUGUUUGAAUCGCCAAAGAACAACAUAUGGUGCUCCCCACCUGCCAGCGCGUUGCCCACUCCUACUGCUUUUCUUAACCUCGAGAACAAACGUCGUAUUCGUUUGGCGGCUCACUUCGAAGGUCCAUAA